AUGGCCGCUUUUACAACAGUGUUAGUCAUAACAUUUUGGCUUCGGUGUACAAUAGUGUAUGGAUACGAGUAUAUAUCACAAUAUCCUAAUCAAUCUAAUGAAACAUUUCAAUUUCACCACCUUGCUGUGGAUAGAGUUAGUGGUCAAGUGUACGCAGGGUCAUUGAAUUGGAUUCACCAAUUAAGUCCUGACUUGAAACCUAUUAAUGUCGUACCGACAGGUCCGAAACUUGAUAACCCAACGUGUCAUGCAAGUGGCUGCAGUUCGUCUGAUAUAAAGACUACAUCGAUUGAUAAUGUGAAUAAAAUAUUAGUGAUAGAUCAAGAAUCUGGAAGAGUAAUAGCGUGUGGCUCUAUUGCGCAGGGCUCCUGUUUUAAGUAUAAGCUUGGAGACCUAUCUUCGAAACCCGAGUUCUUUCCUAUCAGUGUCGCUGCUAACGAUGCUGAUGCUUCAACUUACGCGUUCAUAGGCCCUGAGAGGUACAACGCAUGGCAAAGAUCGAAUGUGCUUUAUGUGGGGACUACUUUUACAAAUAAUGGAGAGUAUAGACACGAUGUUCCUGCAAUAGCUAGUCGUGAUCUGAUGUCCCUAGAAGUUGCACAAUUAACUUUCAACAAACAAAGUUCAAUACAAAUAGAUGUAAAGUACAGAGACAAUUUUCUUGUGCAGUAUGUUUAUGGCUUCAAUGCUAGUGAUUAUGCAUAUUUUUUGUUAAUACAGAAGAAUUCUCAUCUUGCUGGUAAUGAGGAAUUGGGUUACGUCUCUCGAUUAGCCCGUACCUGUGUUAAUGACGAUAACUACAACAGCUACACAGAAGUUACGCUAGAAUGUCAUGUUCGGGAAGAAGUUGUUAAUGGUAAGAGUGAAGUGGUCAAUUACAAUUUAGUUCAAGAUGCUAAGAUAGCAAGGACUGGUGCUAACCUUGCUGCACAACUUGGUAUUGAGACAGGUGACUCUGUACUUGUUGCUGUCUUUAGUCCGUCAAAGAGUAUUUCUAAUGAACCAAUGUCUAAGUCUGCCAUAUGUGUUUAUUCAUUACAAGAGAUAGAAAUUAAGUUUAAUGAAAAUGUUCACAUGUGUUUCAAUGGUAGCACUAAAGCACGCAAUAUGGGCUACAUAUCAGGUAUGAUAUCUGAUGGUAAAUGUCCCAGUGUUGGGUCUACAGGCAACAUACUUAAUUUUUGUGAGGUAGGCCUUAAAAUUAGUGGUCUUUAUCCCAUUAAAGCUAUGUCUGUAAUAUACUGGAAUGAUACUUUACUUACUUCUAUCACUAUGUCUGUAACUGGUUUACACACUGUAGCUUUUGUAGGCACAAAUGACGGUGUUCUUAAGAAAGUGCUGAUUGAUGCUGAUAAAGCACUGGAGUACUCCAGUGAUGUAAUAUUGCAGGGGCAAAAAAUUUUACCAGAUACAAUAUUGUCACCUUAUCUUAAAACUUUAUAUGUAUUGGGUAAGAAUUCAAUUGUUCAAAUACCAACUGAAAGAUGCGCAGAACUUGGUAACUGUUCUUCAUGCUUAGAAUCAAAUGAUCCUCAUUGUGGAUGGUGUUCUUUAGAGAAACGCUGUACAGUUCAGAACAUGUGUCAACAAGGAACUCAAAGUGCACCCAGAUGGCUAUCACAAUAUAUAGGGCAGCAAUGUAUUGACUUUGAACAGAUACUACCAGACAGAAUUUCGAUGAAUGAAGUGACAACAGUGCAGUUGAUUAUCAGAACCUUGCCUGAACUGCCUUCUGGUAGUGAUUCAAAAUAUAUAUGUGUUUUUGGUACUGCUCCUCCCAUAGUUGCUACAGUAUCAUCUAAUGGUCUUGCCUGCCCUACACCUGAUGUAAAACAUAGACCUAAAAUACCACAAAAUCAGGAUCAUGUCUAUGUUUCUCUAUCUGUGCAUUCAUCAGAGACCAAUAAAGAUUUUGUAUCCAGAAAUUUUGCUUUUUAUGAUUGUUCCAAACACACAACAUGUCACUCCUGCAUCUUGAGUGAAUGGGCCUGUAACUGGUGUAUUUAUGACAACAGAUGCACACAUGAUACUUCUGUUUGUCAAAGGACUAUAAUCAGUGGUGAAAAUAAUCCUACAAAACUACUUAAUCAUGGUAUUGGACAUUGUCCUAGAAUAAGACAAUAUAAAAAACCAAUUUUAUUGCCUAACAAUGUGCCUAAAGAAUUAGAACUUGAAGUUGAGAAUUUACCUCAUUUACAACCAGGACAUACUGGCUUUCAGUGCAUAGUGACUAUUGAACUUGCUAAUAUGAUUCUUCCAGCAAGAGUUGAAUCUAAUCAUUACAUUGUUUGUGAUAAAACAACAUAUUCAUAUGAAGAAGAUGUAGGAGAAUACAAUGUAAGUGUUAAAAUUGUAUGGAAUCAUAAGCACUAUAUAGAUACUAUUAACAUUACCCUAUACAAAUGUGAAAUUCUUGGCUCUCAUAGAGAACAUGCUGAUUGCUCUCUUUGCAUAACCCGCAACUCCAUCUAUAAAUGCACUUGGUGCAGCAAUUCAUGUGCUUACAGUGAAACUUGUUUAGAGAACCCUGUCACUGAGUGUCCAAAGCCAAGGAUUGAUAUGAUCAAACCACUAAGUGGACCUAUAGAAGGAGGAACAAUUGUAACCAUUGAAGGAAGUAAUCUAGGUUUAAGAGUAGAGGAAGUAUCAGGAAAAGUUCGCAUUGGAGAUUUUUCCUGUGAAAUUGUAGACUUUGAAGUUUCAGUAAGCAUUACAUGUCGUACAGGACCAGCAAAUGGGUCUAUUGUUGCACCUGUUAUUGUAGAAAAUGAUUCUGGUCAUACCGAGUCAUCUGUUUUAUUCAGCUAUAAAAAUAUAACACUUCAAGGUAUUUAUCCCAUGUUGGGACCAGUUUCUGGAGGCACCCAACUAGCUAUAGCAGGUCAAUAUUUGAAUGUUGGUUCCUCUAUUUCAGCGUACUUGGAUGAGCUACCAUGUUCUGUUAAUAAAACACAAACUUCUAACAGUAGAUUGAUCUGUACAACACCAAAGGCAGGUGUGCCAAGAGUAAUUCAUACAUUGACUGUUGCAAUAGAUAAUGCUAAUCGAACUAAGUAUGGAGAUUUAUUCAAUUAUACAGCUGAUCCUACAAUAAUGGAAAUAAAACCCUUAAAAAGCUAUGUGUCAGGUGGUAGAAUGAUAACGGUUCAUGGCACAAACUUGCACACAAUCCAAAAACCUCUAAUGAAAUUAUAUUACUCUAAUGAAUUAAUACCGGUGAACCAUACUGCCUGUACUGUACUAAAUGAACAUCAAAUGGAAUGCCCUAGUCCAGCAAUAAAUAAAAAGUAUGAAGAGAUUUUACAAGCAACCAAAGAACAAACCAGUACUCCACAGGUAGCAAUGAAAGUUGGCUUUGUCAUGGACAAUGUUGAGACUAUGCAUGAAAAGAACUUUGUCCCGCCCCGCACACAUAUGGUUUUCUUUGAAGAUCCACAUGUUUAUCAAUUUCUAAAUCGGAUAAAAUCGUAUAAAGGGGACCCUUUGGUAAUAGAAGGCGAACAUUUAAUAAAGGCGAGUGAUGAAUCAGAUGUGAUUGUAACCAUUGGAACACAACCUUGUAAUGUUACUAGUCUUACAAAUCAGCAACUCUUAUGUACACCCCCUGAAAUACAACCCGCAAAUACUGAUGAAAAUGGGCUCUUGAUAACAGACAUUAAUUUACCUUUAGUUGUGGUUAAAAUUGGUAAAAAUUUGAGAUUUCCAAUUGGAUUUCUACAUUAUGAAUUACUUAGAAACUAUAAUUUUCCGCCAGAAGUUAUUGCUGGCAUCGCUGGUGGUACUUUCUUUUUAGUGCUAAUAUUUAUGAUUGUAUUGGUCAUGUACAGACGUCGAAGUACAAAAGCAGAAAGGGAAUAUAAAAGGAUACAAAUUCAGAUGGAUACCUUAGAGAGUAAUGUUAGACUGGAAUGUAAAUUGGCAUUUGCAGAGUUGCAAACUGAUAUGUCUGACUUGGCAGCUGAUUUGGAACAUUCAGGUAUCCCAACACUGGAUCACGUAAACUACGUCAUGAAAGUGUUUUUUCCAGGAGUUUCUGAUCACCCAAUUUUGAACGUCCAACGGCAAUUUAUAAACGCGCCUAGAACUAACUAUGAUGCAGCGAUGAUUCAAUUUGAGCAGCUUCUAAACAAUAAAUGUUUCCUUUUGUCAUUUAUAGACACAUUAGAGGCACAAAAAUCUUUUAACAUUCGAGAUAAAGUUAAUGUAGCUUCGUUGUUGAUGGUAAUACUUAUGGGGAAAAUGGAAUAUGCUACGGAUAUUUUAAAAUCUCUUUUACUACGCCUUAUUGAUAAGUCGAUAUGUAAUAAACACCCUCAGCUAAUGUUAAGAAGAACUGAAAGUGUUGUUGAGAAGAUGUUGACAAAUUGGAUGGCAUUAUGUAUGUAUUAUUAUCUUAAAGAUUAUGCAGGCUCGUCAUUAUUUUUACUCUUCAAGGCAAUUAAGCAUCAAAUCGAAAAAGGUGUUGUAGACGCCAUCACCCAUGAAGCUCGUUAUUCUUUAUCAGAAGAAAAGCUUUUGAAAGAACAAAUAGACCAUCAAACCAUAACCCUUCAUAUAGUACAAGAUGAUUUUGAUGAAAAAGUUCAGUGCAAAGUUUUAGAUUGUGAUUCCAUAUCACAAGUAAAGGCUAAAAUAUUAGAUGGACUAUUUAAAAACACUCCAUUCUCUAUGAGGCCGUCCGUCCACGAAGUUGACUUAGAAUGGCGCCACGGACGGGGUGGACACGUUACUCUUCAGGAUGAAGACGUUACAACGAAAACAAUAAAUGGCUGGCGUAAAUUGAAUACAUUGGCUCAUUACGGCGUUAAAGAAUCUGCCGUGAUGUCCCUGAUUUCUCGCCAAAAUGACAGUUUCAACACUCCGUAUAAAAUACCAUGCAAAAAUUGCACUGGAAUAUAUUGUUCCAAUUCUCAUAUUAGAGUUUAUAACAGUGAUAUUACGGACCAGAACGUUCAUUAUUAUCAUUUAGUGAAGCCUAUUGAGUACCAACAUAUUAUAAACAAAUCUUCAGAGCAUAGUCAUAAAGCAAUUCCAGAAAUAUUCCUCACUAGACUUUUGUCUACGAAAGGUACGGUCCAUAAGUUUGUGGAUGACUUCUUUAGCACUAUACUUACUGUGAAUGAAGUUUUACCACCUGCAGUAAAGUGGUUAUUCGAUCUUUUUGAUGAUGCCGCGCGUACUCAUGGCAUUAUGAAUCCUGAAGUGGUCCAUGCGUGGAAAUCCAAUAGUUUACCAUUACGGUUUUGGGUGAAUCUCAUAAAGAAUCCAGACUUUAUCUUCGAUAUAAAUAAAACUGCGACAGUUGAUUCUUCAUUAUCAGUUAUCGCUCAAACAUUCAUGGACGCCUGCUCUCUGACAGAACACCGAUUGUGUAAAGACUCUCCUUCCAACAAAUUACUUUUUGCAAAAGACUUGCCUACCUACAGAGAAAUGGUUAUAAGAUUUUAUCAAGGUGUAUCUCAAUUACCUCAAGUAACAGACCAAGAGCUAAGUACUUCAAUGCAACAACUCUCGGUGGAACAGUUGAAUGAAUUCGAUACACUGUCUGCCUUAAAAGAGUUGUAUAUCUAUGUCAGUAAAUAUAGAGAACAAAUUAUAUUAGGACUAGAAAACAAAAUGCACUUAGCCCAUAAAUUAGAUAAUAUAGCAUGCACUAUGGAAGGCGAUCCUACAUCUAUCUGCUGA